CAGAGGAGAAUGGCUGCAGAAAACACCUCCUCUGUGACAGAGUUUAUCCUCGCAGGCUUAACGGACAAGCCAGGACUCCAGAUCCCCCUCUUCUUCCUGUUUCUAGGUUUCUACGUGCUCACCGUAGUGGGGAACCUGGGCUUGAUAAUACUGAUCGGGCUGAACUCUCACCUUCAUAUUCCCAUGUACUUUUUUCUCUUCAACUUGUCCUUCAUAGAUUUUAGUUUCUCUACUGCCAUCGUCCCCCGAAUGCUUAUGAGUUUUGUCUCAAAGAAGAAUAUCAUCUCCUACGCAGGGUGUAUGACUCAGCUCUUUUUCUUCUGUUUCUUUGUCUUUUCUGAAUCCUUCAUUCUGUCAGCGAUGGCGUAUGACCGCUAUGUUGCCAUCUGUAAACCAUUGUUGUACAUGGUCACCAUGUCUCCUCGGGUGUGUUUAUUCCUUUUGUUGGGUGUCUAUGGGAUGGGGGUUUUGGGGGCUACAGCUCAUAUAGGAAAUAUAGGGUUUCUGACCUUUUGUGCUGACAACCUUGUCAAUCAUUAUAUGUGUGAUGUCCUUCCCCUCCUUGAGCUCUCCUGCAAUAGCUCUUACAUCAAUUUACUGGUGGUCUUCAUUGUUGUGACCAUUGGCAUUGGGGUGCCUAUUGUUGCCAUUUUUAUCUCUUAUGGUUUCAUUAUUUCCAGCAUUUUUUACAUUAGCUCCACUGAAGGCAGGUCCAAAGCCUUCAGUACCUGCAGUUCCCACAUAAUUGCAGUUUCACUUUUCUUUGGGUCAGGAGCUUUUAUGUACCUCAAACCACCUUCUAUUAUACCCCUUGACCAGGGGAAAGUGUCUUCUCUGUUCUAUACCAUUGUUGUGCCCAUGUUCAACCCAUUAAUCUAUAGCCUGAGGAAUAAGGAUGUCAAAUGUGCCCUAAAGAAAACCUUGGGUAGAAUAACCUUCUCUUGA